CUUGAAAAAUCAAAUAAAAAAAAUUAGUAUUGCUCAGCUCUUUAUUAAACUGAAUGUAAUUGUUUUUUUUACAUUCAAAAUUUAUCCUUUCGAUCUUCUAUGUGGUAUUUUGGUUAAAUAUUCCAAAUAAAAUUAUUAAAAAAUACGAACAAAAGUUAAAAUAUAAUUUGAAAAUUAGAAAAUGACUACAGAAGAGUCACAACAGUUUUGUCUAAGAUGGCAUAAUUACCAAAGUUCAUUAAUGUCAACUUUACCACAACUUCUUAAUCAUGAUGAUUUAACUGAUGUUACACUAUGUGCAGGUUUGAGGACUCUUAAAGCACAUAGAGUUGUUUUAUCUGCUUGCAGCGAUUAUUUUAAACAGCUUUUCAAAGCAUUGACUAAAGAAUUAGGCGCAAGUCAUCACCCUGUAAUUGUUUUGCCUGGUGUUGAAUUUACUGAUCUCUGUGCUCUAGUCACAUUUAUGUAUAGCGGUGAAGUAAAUGUGUAUGAACAUCAACUAGCUAAUAUGCUUUCUAUGGCUGAUAUGUUACACAUAAAAGGCUUAGCAGAAUUUUCAAAUGUACCUGGAUACACAAGUGGAGCUUUUGAAAAAUCAUCAAGAUGGAAAAGAUCGCGUGUUGAAGAGCCCGAGUCAUUAAGAGUAACUAAGCCUACAUUGAGUGAAACUGAAGCUUUUGCAGAUUUGGAUGUUGCUCAAGAUUUAACUAAACGUGUUUCAGAAAGUGAAAACCAAAAUAAUGCUGUAAAUUUAGUAGCAAACAUUGAACAUAAGCCGUCCACAUCAGAAAUUAAUGUUUCAUAUGGUGAAGAAGCUCCUACACCCACUGAUUUUAUUCAAGGGCCAGUUGUUCAGGGUUCACAAUCUGAUAAUGUAAAAUCUCGAACACCUGUUUCAAAACUUUAUACAAUGUGUUUCAUAUGUGGUAAACAACUUAGUAACCAUUACAAUUUGCGCGUUCAUAUGGAGACUCAUCAAAAUGCACAAUACGCUUGUUCAGUCUGUAGUCAUGUUUCUAGAUCCAGGGAUGCUUUACGUAAACAUGUUUCUUAUAGACAUCCAAGAAACAAUAAUAAUAGCACAACAACUGAUAAUUCAUCUACUGUGGACUCCUUGCCGAGUACUAAUAAACUACCAUCAACUUGACCCAAAGAUUUUAAUAUCCAAUAUAUAAUAUUGUUAUUGUUUAUUUAUUGUUGUUACCUUUUUAGAUUAUUUUUUUCUCUUAUACCUAGAUAUAAUCAUUAAUUGUUGACUUGUUACAUUGUGUGAGUGUUUGAUUGUUGUUAUUUUUUCUUUGUUUUCAAAAUGUAUAAGUCAUUAUAGACGUGAUAAUUUUUAUGAAAAUAGAAAGCAACUAUUCUGCACAGACAUUUGUGAGGACAUAAAGUUUGAUUUGUAUAUUAUGCCCCAUUAUAUUUAUGAAUUAAAUCAUUUCGGAUAGAAUCAUAAAAUAUCUGUAGUCUUUAGCAGAAAGUUUUUAUUCAUUAUUACUUUCUUUGAUAGAUCUUCAUUUAUUUAUUUUACUUAAGAUUUUCAGUUUUUAAUAUUAAAUGAGAAAUGAUAAUUAAAAAUUAUAUCAUGUGUUAUAAAAUAAUCAUAUAAUUUAUUUUGUUAAUUUUUGGCUGUUUUUAUUAUUAUAAAUUUAAAAGAAUAUUUACUUAUUUCUAAAUGCCUUUAUUAUUUAAUGUUUAAUAGAUUAUUUAAUAUGUUGUAUCGUGUAUUAAGUUACCAAUAUCUUUAAUUAUACUGUUUUAAAUCUUAACCAACUAUUGAUAUAAGUUUUUUAUUUGGUGGAUAGCACAGUAGGCACAUUACAAUGUCUCCAUAAUCAUAAAUGUUAUUAACAGUAAAUAAAAAAAUUAUUUAUUUCAUUCUGUGAUAAUUUAAUUAUAAUUUGAAAUUCAAUAAUUUAUCAUAAAUAAAUUUCACUGUGAUAAAGACCCUUUUAAAUCGUAUUUUAAUUAAUUUUUUUAAGUUAUGAAAUAUGUGAAGUGGAUGCAAGUUUAUUUUCAACUCUUAAUAAAUUACACUGUAGAUUUUUCCAAUUAGAAAACUGUGAUAGUUCGUUUUCUUUUAUUUACUAUUCAUAAAUUCUUUUAAAAAUAUUAUCUCAAGUGCCUUUAACUAUCAUUUAAACACUAGUCAUUCUAAAUUAGACUUUAUAGUGAGAGUUUAAAGAAAAAUAAUUUUAAAACCAUUUCCAGUAAUACAAUUUAAUAAAUGCUUUUCUCUUUAGUUAAUUUUGAUAAAUGUAUUGUGUGGUGAUGUAUGGAGACUAAUGAAAAUAUUUAUAGUAUUAUAUUACAUUAUAUAUAUUUUUUUGUUUUAAAAACAAAUAAUUUUUAAUCAUCAUGUAUACAAUAAAUAUCACUUAUAUUGUUAUUUAAUAUGUAUUUUUUUUAUUAAUCAGCUGUUAAAUCAAGUUGAUUUAAAAAAAAAAAUUUGGUUAUAUUUUCAUAAAAAAAAAAUGGUUUCAAAAAGUAUCAUUAAAAUUAUUAUUUUUAAUUAAUUACUUUAUAUAGUCUACUUUAUAGUUGAAUUUGGAUUAUAAGAAUAAAAUAAAAUUGAUUAAUUAGAUCU